AUGUUCGAACACAUUGGUUCCGGUUCCUACCGUUAGCAUUUAGCGCACGGCUUCUUCUUCCGGACACGUUAUUGUUGCAUCAGCAUCCAACCAUCCAGCACUGUGGCCAUGUCGACCCCAGGAGAGCCAGCCUUUGAGCAUGGCUUCUUGCUACAGAUAAAUGAGGAGGCCGCGCUGGCAGCGGCCCUGAAUGACUACCUAACGUCCCGCAGCUACCUGGCAGGGUUCAGCCCGUCCCAGGCCGACCAGAAAGCCUUUAAGCUCCUCCACAGGCCCCCAGACCCACAGCAUGUCCACGCUCUGCGCUGGUACAGACACAUAGCAGCCCUGCAGCCGGACCUCCUCCAGCCUGAGAGCAGCAUGAAAGGAAAGCGGGUGCAGCCCCCUUGGUCUCCACCUGCAGGAACAGAGGUUCCCCGACUUCGACUCUACAACAGCCUGACGAGAGCAAAGGAGCCGUUCGUCCCCCAGAGAGGGAAUAAAGUAACAUGGUACUGCUGUGGCCCGACGGUGUACGAUGCCUCGCACAUGGGACACGCCAGGUCCUACAUAUCUUUUGAUAUUCUGCGAAGGAUACUGAAGGACUACUUCAAGUACGAUGUCCUCUACUGCAUGAACAUCACAGACAUAGACGACAAAAUCAUUAAAAGGGCCCGGCAGAACUACCUCCUAGACCAGUACAAGGAGAAGCACCCACAAGCUGCUCAAAUCCUGCAGGACGUCCUCAGCGCCAGAGUGCCCUUUCAGGCCGACUUGGCUGGGACCACAGACCCAGAUAAGAAGCAGAUGCUGGAGAGGCUGGACGCUGCGGUUACAGCCGCUCUGCAGCCCCUUCAGGCAGCGAUGGAGGGCAAAGCAGCAGACGAGGUCGUACAACCUCUGGCACAGGUGCUGUUGGAGAACUCCAAGGACCUGCUGGCUGAUUGGUUGGAUAAGCAGUUCGGAAGUCAAGUCACAGAGAAUUCAAUCUUCUCCAUUCUCCCCAAUUAUUGGGAGGGAGAGUACCAUAAAGACAUGGACGCGCUGAAUGUUCUUCCCCCAGACGUCCUCACUCGAGUCAGUGAGUACGUGCCUGAGAUUGUGGAGUUUGUGAAGAAGGUUGUGUCCAAUGGUUACGGGUACGAAUCGAACGCUUCAGUGUACUUCGACACCUCGAAGUUUGAUGCCAGUCCGCAGCACUCGUACGCCAAACUGGUGCCAGAGGCGGUCGGAGACCAGAAAGCUUUACAAGAGGGAGAAGGUGACCUGAGCAUCUCUGCUGACAGAUUAGGGGAGAAAAGGUCUCCCAAUGACUUUGCCUUGUGGAAAGCCUCUAAGCCCGGAGAGCCUUCAUGGGAUUCUCCGUGGGGGAAGGGAAGGCCGGGCUGGCACAUCGAAUGUUCUGCCAUGGCUGGCUCCAUCUUGGGAGAGUCCAUGGACAUCCACGGCGGGGGGUUUGAUCUUCGAUUCCCCCAUCACGACAACGAGUUGGCUCAGUCCGAGGCCUUCUUUGAGAACGACCACUGGGUCAGAUACUUCCUGCACACCGGACACCUGACGAUCGCAGGCUGCAAGAUGUCGAAGUCUCUGAAGAAUUUCAUCACCAUUAAAGAUGCCUUGGCAAAGAACACAGCUCGUCAGCUCCGUCUGGCUUUCCUGAUGCAUUCCUGGAAAGACACGCUGGACUACUCGUCCAACACGAUGGAGUCGGCCGUCCAGUACGAGAAGUUCAUGAACGAGUUCUUCCUGAAUGUGAAAGACAUACUGCGCGCUCCGACUGAUGUCACCGGGCGCUUUGAGAAGUGGGAGGCAGCAGAGGUGGAGCUCAACAACAGUUUCUACGACAGGAAGUCUGCCGUCCACGACGCUCUGUGUGACAACGUGGAUACUCGCACCGCCAUGGAGGAGAUGAGAACGCUGGUCGGCCUUAGCAACAGCUACAUCGCCGGCAGGAAGAGCGCCAAGUUGCGGCCCAACCGCAUGCUGACGGAGAGCAUCGCCGUCUAUCUCACCAGCAUGCUGAAGAUAUUUGGUGCCAUUGAAGGAUCUGAGCCCAUCGGCUUCCCAGUCGGAGGACAAAGUCAGAGCAUUGAUCUGGAGAGAAGAGAGAGACACACGCUGGCCAAGUACCUGAUGGAGCUGACCCUCGUCGACUACAGCAUGGUGCACUACCGGCCGUCUGAGGUCGCCGCGGCGUCGCUCGGUCUCUCCCAGCUGCUGCUGGAAGACCUGCCCUGGUCACCCACGCAGCAGCACUACUCCACUUACGACGCGGCCCACCUGGAGCCCAUCAUGCAGCACAUCGCCAAGAAUGUCGUCAUGGUGAACGAGGGGAAGACCAAGUUCCAGGCCGUGAGGAACAAGUACUCGAGCAGCAAGCUGAUGAAGAUCAGCCUCCUUCCUCACCUGAAGUCGCCCACCAUCGUCACCAUGGCGGACCCUCUACUCAACCAUCCUUGA